AUGAUCCCUCCCAAAGAAGCAGCCGUUGGUGGGCGGGAGCACGACCCUUGCCACGCGACUGUCGAAUUCGAUCCAAUCCAGUCCGGUCCAAUGCGAUGCUACGAGUACAAGCGAUCCCAGUCCCAGUCCCAGUCCCAGUCCCGGCUCCAGCUCCAGCUCCAGCCCCAGCGGGCUCGGCAGGUCGGCAGCAGACGAAGAGACAGUCGCUGCUCUGAGGCUGAGCAUGUGCUCCGGAUAUGGAGCUGGAACCCGUCCGUCCCUGGUCUGCUUGGAGAAGCCGGCGCUGUCCUGUGGCGCUUUGGCCUGCCGGGGGCCGAGAUGGACUUGCACUCCUCCGCACGGCUGGCGACCAAAAGCAAAGCAAGUGAUACAUACGUGAUCGAGGGGGGCAGAGCCGCUGAGGUGGUCACGUCGGAAGAAUCAUUACCGGCAUACAGCACAUACCAGGUUGUGCCUGCACUUGUCCCGGGGGGCUUGAAACGAGACGAAUGA